UGUAGACGCUUUGCUUCUCCUGGCACCUGGAAAGCAGUUCUAAAUUAACAGCUCCCCUUGGGACAGUCGACUUAUCCUUUAGACUUGUUUUUCCGAUCACCACCAUGGCCGGGGCAGGGAAAAGCUGCCAGCGCUUGUACGAGAAGACUGCCUCAGAGAGGACAUGCCCGAGGAACUGCUUCGAACCUCCGAACGGACCCUGUGUCGACUACAAGCUGGAGCUGCCCCCCGAAGACUUGGUCGAUCCGCAGUUGGAGGUGAUACAGGUGACCCUCAAGCCCGACGGCCCACCGCGCAAGGAGAUCGACAUCCGAGCCGAGUGCAGCCAGAGCUGCAGCAGGAACAAGGACAAGGAUGAAGCCUACUGUACCUUAUGUGCAGCCCAGGAGCGGAACAUACGACCCAACCUGUGCUCCGCCGAGUGCAGACCGCUCCAGACCAUUAUGCACCUGAACGAGUACACCAAACGACCUCUUCCCAAGCCAACCUACAAGCACAGCAUCAUGCUGGACGACAACACUGUGGUCGGGCGCUGCUUCCCAAUGCUGUUCCGCCUGCGCCGCCUGAAAAACAAGUGCCUCAGCUGCGGCAGGGAUCUCCUCUACAGGCAUCCCAUAACGGCCAGCAAAAACCUGCUGCUGCUGUCCAACUGCUGCGACGUAGAGGUGUAUCCCCAUCAAAAGGUCGAGAACAUGAACAACGUGCCUGUUGGGAUGAUAACCGGGCCUAAGCGCAUCACCAAGCGGGUGUUAAAAGAUAGGUCCGAGUGCCGUAUGUUUGCCCUGCCCCCGCCACCCCCUCCUCCAGAGAUCGUACCACCAACCUUACCGUCCAUAGUGAAGAAGCCAAAGGGUAAGAAAGGAAAAGGGAAAAAGAAAGGUAAAAAGUAGU